UGCAAUGUAAUUCCUUAUAUAUUAGCUAUACACAUGGCGCGUGUCUCCUGAUUUUGUUGUUUGCUCGUAUUUUGUAACGAAUGCGGAUCCUUUUCAUUGAGAGCCAUCAGAUGAGAUGCUCUGACCAGCAGAGACCGGAGUCUGGUGCCUCGUCGCGGCGCUCCGGUGGCCCUCAUCCCCGCCGCUUGCAAGUGGAGCAGGGGGCGUGUAGUGUGAUCGCUCACCUAUAACGGGCGCACACUCCGCCAAGCCAUUCUAAGGGGGCUUUGUUAUAAAUAUGAGGGGUAUAUUGCGCAGUGGGGACGGCUCUCCGUAUGAUAAAGACUUUUAACGAUGAUGUUUGCCUGGUUUUCAGAGUAAUGAAACUCCACCCACACCGGCCGUAAACGAUUCGGUGAAUUGGGGUCCCGCAAUCAGCGCGCAAUCGGAGCCCGUGCGGCUGCGGAGUGGAGGACGGUUCGCCGGGCGGCUGCGGAGUGGAAGGACGGUUCGCCGGGCGGCGACGCCCAUGCCGUGGGGCUGCUGCAGCAGGGUAUAAAUGCAAGGUGCAGGAGCGCGUGAAGGGGUGGCACAUGACGGCGCACAUUUAAAGGUUUAUAAAGGAUUAUAGGAGAUGUGAGUGAGGGGGCGACGCCUACGCUUCCACUUCAUUACGGACUUUCCUUCAUUUACCCUUUUCACUCUUUGCUCUUUUAUACCGGUGGAGAAAAACGUAUAACGGGAGACGGACAGAUACGCCCGUGCUGCCGCUGCUAUAGGUGUUUUCCGGCCGUCAGUGAUGGCAAAAGGCUUCUUGCCCCUAAGCUGCCGGUGACAUGUGCAGCCGGACGGACGCGAUGGUUCCGGGCACCUUCUUGGCGCUGAUCCUGGCGUGCAGCUCCGGGCUGCGGGUCCGAGCGGAGGUGAUCGCUGAAGACAGCUACUUAAACACACUGCGGAGCACAGCCCCGCUAUCCUGCUCCGAGGGCUUCACCGAGCUCGGCUACUACAACGGCUCCGUGUCACAGACGGACUCCGGGCUGCCCUGCCUGCGCUGGACCGAGUUCCCUGACUACGUGCAGCAGUACCCAGGCCGGGGGCUGGGCGACCACAGCUACUGCCGGAACCCGGACCGCGAGUCCAACCCCUGGUGCUUUUUCCGGCAGAGCUCGGGCGCCAUCGGCUGGGCUUACUGUGACUGCCACCAGGGUGCAGCCCGGCUGGUAGGCAGCUCCUCCCCCCGGAGUGGGCGUCUGGAGGUGUACCUGAAUGGCCAGUGGGGGGCGGUGUGCGACACCCACCUGACGGACCGCGACGCCAGCGUUGUCUGCAGCCAGCUGGGCUUGGGAGACAUCGGCACGGCGCUCCAGCACUCCUAUUUCGGGCCUGGCACUGGGCUCUUCCACUAUGAGAGACUGGGCUGCCGUGGUAAUGAGAACUCUCUGCUGGAGUGCCGGAGCAGGAAGUUUGUCACGGGAGACUGUAACCAUGGGAACGAGGCCAGCGUGGUGUGUGCCCCUCCUGAAGGUAACGGCGCCCCCCUGAGGCUGGUGGGAGGUCUGGAGGAAUUCGAGGGCCGUGUGGAGGUAUAUUACAACGGCAGGUGGGGCACCGUCUGCGAUGACAAGUGGGACGACGUCGACGCAGAGGUGGUGUGCAGGCAGCUUGGGCUGGGGGGCAUCCCAAAGGCCUGGUCCUGGGCCCACUUUGGCCAGGGUUCAGGCCCCAUCCUGCUGGAUGCGGUACAGUGCUCCGGGAACGAACUUUCACUGGAUGAGUGUGCCCAUGGCGGCUGGGAGCAGCACAACUGCGACCACAUGGAGGACGCGGGGGUGUCCUGCAGCCCCUACACCGAUGGGGUGGUGCGGCUGGUGGGGGCUGAUAGCCCCUGGGAGGGCCGCCUUGAGGUGUUCCACGCCGGGGACUGGGGCACCGUCUGCAGCCGCAACUGGACCAGCCUCCAGGCCCAGGUCGUGUGCCGGCAGCUGGGCUUCAGGGGGCGGGCUGAGGUGGCCCCAGAUGGCACAUUCGGCGAGGGUGCGGGUCUGAUCCUGCUGGACGGUGUGCGCUGCACGGGCACCGAGCUCUCCCUGCUGGACUGCGAGCAUGGCGCGUGGGGCCGGCACGACUGCGAGCACGCCCAGGAUGUGGGGGUGCACUGUGAGGACGGAGCCGAAACCAAUCAUAUCCCGGCCGGCCCACCAAUCGCAGGCCCUCCGAUCCGCCUGGUGGGCGGAAGGAGCCGGAAGGAGGGUCGUGUGGAGGUACUAGUGGACGGUCAGUGGGGCGUUGUGUGUGAAGACGGCUGGAGCGAUCGCACCGCGCAGGUCGUCUGCCGGCAGCUGGGCUUCGGCGGUGUCUCCAAGGCACGCCCUGGGGAGUACUUCAGAGAGGAGAGCAGGGCAGUGCGCUGGGGCCGUGUACGCUGCUCGGGGCGAGAGGCCGCGCUGGGAGACUGCCCCGUCAGAGGGCACGGUGUCCUCGACUGCAGGAGCAGCGGGCCAGGUGUGACCUGCGAUUACACACCGGGGCCCGAAGACGACGGUGCUGGGGAGGGCCGACAGUCAUGUGGCCUGAGGCCUCAGAUCCUACACCGUGGGAAGAGGACCGAGGUAGAGGAGGAAUCCCUGGAGUCUCUGAGCGAGUCGUGGCCCUGGCAGGUCUUCCUCUGGCCGGCCUCCCAGCCCACAGGGGGCCACCCACUCUGCAUCGCCACUCUCAUAGAUCCCUGCUGGGCUCUGACUGCAGCGCACUGUUUCAAGAGGUUUGGCAGGGACCCGUCCAGCUACGUGCUGCAGCUGGGUGGCUCCGGCCCCAGGGCCCGCAGCCUGACCCCUGAGCGCAUCAUCAUCCACGAAAAGUACCGGAGCGCCCCCGCUCAGGGCUGGGAAUAUGACAUCGCCCUUCUGAAGCUGCCGGGGGCGGAGGGCAGAUGCGUGACGUUCGACCUCCGCACAAACGCGGCCUGCCUGCCCACCGCCUGGAUGCAGGCCAGGCACCAGCGGCCAGCGGCCUGUGUCAUCACGGGCCGGGCUGCCUCAGACUCGGGACGCCCCAGCAGCGUCCCCCAAUCUUGGGCGCCGCUCCUGCCAGCGUGGAAGUGCAAGGAUCGCUAUGGCGACCGUUACUCCAGCCGCAUGCUAUGUGUGGGCAGCCUGCCAGCCGGCCGGCGGGCGGAGGGCUGCCACACCGACGAUGGCGGGCCCCUGGUGUGCCACGACGAAGGCGGGCGCUGGAUUCUCACAGGGGUCGUCUCUUGGGGCCGCGGCUGUGCCGAUCCGGUCUUUCCGGGGGUGUACACACCUGUAGCCCGCUUCCUGCACUGGAUCGAGCAGGUCACAGGCCACCCUGCAGAGAUCUGAGUGCAGCAGGUGCUGGGUCAUGUGACUCCGUGGGACUCUGUGAUUGGGCAGAGGGCUGUAGGGAGGGGUUUGCAGGGCUGCUCUUAGCGUUUGCUCUCAGGCUUGGCCACUUGGUCUCUACUGACCCGGCCAGACAAUCUCUAUCUCGCUAAUUCCAUCCCAUUGCAGGACAAAUCAAUUUGGCCGCAAAAACAGCCUGUAAUAUUAGUAUUGAUGUUGCGAAAUAAGCAUGAUUAGGCCUACAUGUCCCCAGCAGCAGAAGGUCACACAGUGUCAGUCAGCUUGUCAGCCAAUUGAUCUUCGUUUGGUUGUAACACGGAUAAAAUAGUUUGCACUUGCUAACACAGCAUUUACUAAAACAUAAGAAUUAAAUAUCUGCUUCUAUACAUGAAUCUCCCAUCUGCCAUUUGAGAUCUGAUGCUUUGAUGGGUGCAGCCCCCCCAGGGCAGGCGGCAGUGAUUCGUGACCACCCCCCUGCAGGAAAAGCCAGUGACUCCUUUGCUGCGGCUUCUCCCGGCUUGUGGGCGCCCCCACCUCCACGCUGUCUGGGAACUCACUCAGGCCUGAGAUCGAUAACGGCUGACGCCCGCUCCUUUAGAUUAUUCACUCAGGCUUAGCGUGGAACAUUCCGGUUUAUUUUUGGGGAAGGUCCAAAAUCAAUAGUGGAGUCAAUUGUGAGUCACCCUAAAGACGCAGAGUCUAUAAUAUGGGGCCGGGGUGGAAUCCUCGCCCCACACCCCCCCUUCAGUCCUUCUGACCUCUAACAAUGUUUUAAUCUGUCCCCCACCGGAGGACACGCCUCCACAUGGUCGGUCAUGUGACACGCGCUCACGGCCAGUGGCCAGAGCUGAUCUUUUGAGCCCUUCACUGUCCUUCCAAUGACCAGCUGGAGGGGAGUGCAGACCCUCCCUCCCAGUGAAGCCAGAGCUCUGAGACACGCUUUCCUGCUUAGUAAAUGACGAGCCCCCACCGUCACCGAGAGAAGCGUUCCUGGGGGUCCGGAACGUCGUGCAUUAGCGAGGGGGUCCUGCUUGUGGUGUAGAAUUAGCCAAUAAAAGUAGCGAUGACCUGCGAGGGUGUCAGGCUGCUUCUCCUCGUCUAAAGCCAUUAUCGUCUGAUUUUUACAAAAAUAAAACCUUUGCUUGCACAAAAGUGUAUUAUAGAUAACACACCCGAAUUAGCCAUUCGUUUAUUCCAUUCAAAUAGAGCCACAUUUGAGCUACAUCAGUACUUCAAUCUAGAUAGUACUUUAUCUAAAACCAUCAGUGAGUGUACUAAUUUUCGAACAAUUAGUUUUGUAACUGAUUUACAUAAACUCGCAUUUUCAUAGUUCAUAUUAUCGUUAUGUGGAAAGUGAUUCGUGCUUCACAACCAAACUGAUAAUAUCGUUAGAAUGCAAAGGUAGUUUUAUUGCUUUUUUCUACUUUCCUAGAAUAAUUAACACAUGCAACGUGAACCCCCAGCAGGUGGCAGUGUAAUCUUUGUGUUUGACGGGAAAUUUACUGUCUAAUUUAAAGUUUGUAUAUUAUAUUGUAUUAUCAUCCCAACAAAAGGUUUUAAAAUAGUACGAUGUUCAUGCUUAUCUUGUUGCCUGAGCAGAAAGAGUGUAAUCUAUACUACAGACUGUAAUUACAAAUGGUAGACGAUAGGACAGCGUUAUUUCUUAAAUGAUUUUGUGGAUACUU